CUGCUGCCAGCCGUACAGGCAAACCUGAACCACACUCGGGUUCAAUCGCUUGCAGGCCGGGCCCCAGUCGAAGUGUUCACGGCGCUGCCGGCUUCGUCGACUCUCGAUGCGAUGAAGCGACAGAGGCUGCGUGACAUGGCAGCGCACAACGGCAUUCCUGCCAACUUCGACGUCGGCGACUUUGUUCUAUGGUCAAGGAUCGACCAGUGCCUGCCAAAUCACAAGCUGCUGGGUCACUGGGUUGGCCCCUUCAAGGUG